AUGGGAUGUUUCCUUUUCUUUUCUUCAUUUCUCUGUUUUGUGUUGCUAAUAAGUGGAUGUUUUUCUUCAUCCAUUGAUCAUCAUCUUUGCUCUCCCACUGAAGCUUCUGCUUUGCUUCAGUUUAAGCAACCCUUUGAGAUUACAUCCGAGUACUCUUGUCAUUUCCGAGGACAAGCUUCUUUCCCGAAAACAAAGUCUUGGAAUGAGAGUAGGGAUUGUUGUACUUGGGACGGAGUCACUUGUGACAUGUUAAACGGUCAUGUUAUUGGGUUGGACCUUAGUUGCAGUCUGCUAAAAGGAACUAUUCAUCCGAAAAGCAGCCUCUUCCAACUUCUUUAUCUUCAAACACUAAACCUUGCUUACAAUAACUUUUCAACUUCUUCAAUCCCACAUAACAUUGGCCGAUUGACAAAUUUGAGGAAUCUCAACCUUUCUUAUUCUUACUUUGAUGGGAAAAUCCCAACAGAAAUCUCAUUGCUUUCCAAUUUAGUUUCACUUGAUCUUUCUCCUCCUUAUAAGUAUGGAUUACAACUUGAUCAGAGAACAUUUGAGGCAAUGCUUCACAACUUGACAAAUCUGGAGGUACUAUCUCUCUCUUUUGUCAACAUCUCAUCUCCGAUACCUGUGAAUAUUUCUUCCUCCUUAAGGUACAUGGAUCUUGAAUAUACUAAUCUGCGAGGUGUUCUCACAGAGAACUUUUUUCUUAUGCCAAACUUGGAAAGGCUUAAAUUGGGUUUCAAUGCUCUUCUCAAAGGAGUUUUACCAAAGAUCCACCCGAGCAGUACUCUGUUGGAGUUGGAUAUUUCAUACACAGGAAUCUCCGGUGAGCUGCCUGAUUCAAUUGGCACCUUGAGUUCUUUGAAUAUCUUGUACUUCCGUGGAUGUGAAUUUUCUGGUCACAUUCCUGAUUCCAUUGGCAAUCUUACACAAAUUCGGGAGUUGAUUUUAUCUGAUAAUCGUUUCACUGGCCACAUUCCUUCCACAAUCUCUAAAUUGAAGCACCUCACACAUUUAGUUCUUGAGUCCAAUUCCUUUUCAGGUGAAAUUCCAGAUGUUUUCUCUAACCUCCAAGAGCUACGUUAUUUACAUCUUUAUAGUAACAGCUUCAUUGGUUCGUUUCCUUCUACAAUUUUAAACUUGAUACAUCUUCAAUACUUAGACUUGUCGAGUAAUUCCCUAUCUGGCUCACUGCCCAGCAAUGCAAGCAUGUUUCCAAAGCUAACCGAGCUGGAUUUGUCAUACAACUCACUGAAUGGUACCAUACCAUCUUGGGUGCUUAGCCUCCCUUUGCUAACAUCACUGUCGCUCCAAAAUAAUCAAUUUAGUGGACUAGCCGAUGAGCUCAAAAAUAACCCAACAUUAGAAUACCUGUUUUUAAGCAAUAAUCAACUCAGUAGUUCUUUUCCUCAAUCUCUUGCGAAUCUCACAAACCUUUUUACCCUUGACAUUUCAUCAAAUAACAUCACGGGUGAUGCGGGAAUAAAUAUCACCUUUCCUAGCCUAGAAAAAGUGUUCUUAUCAUCUUGUGAAUUGAGGGAUUUUCCACACUUCUUGAGAAAUGUAAACACACUUCAGGUCUUGGAUAUUUCUAACAAUAAGAUUCGUGGUCAAAUCCCUAACUGGUUUAGCAGCAUGAGGUGGAACUCGUUGCAGUUCUUAAACCUUUCUCAUAAUUCAUUAACAGGCCAUCUACCACAAUUUCAUUAUUAUAGUCUAAAGUAUCUUGAUCUUAAAUUUAACUUCCUUCGGGGGUCACUACCUUUAUCCAUUUGUAACAUGAAUAGCCUUAGCCUUCUGGAUUUAUCACACAACAACUUCAGUGGCUCUGUUCCACAUUGCUUCGGCAGCAUGGUUGAGCUAUCUGUGUUAGACUUUAGAAGAAAUAACUUCACAGGGAGUCUUCCACCAUUUUGUGCACAGACCGAUUCAUUGAAAACCAUCGUCUUGAAUGGUAAUCUAUUGAAAGGACCUGUCCCUGUGUCGUUGCUCAACUGUGUUGGUUUAGAAGUUCUUGAUUUGGGGAAUAACGCUAUAAAUGACAUAUUUCCAGCUUGGCUAGGAACACUUCAAGAACUGCAGGUCCUAAUAUUAAAGUUCAAUCUGUUCCAUGGACCUAUAAGUACUUGUCAGACUGAGUUUUGCUAUCCCAAAUUGCGAAUUUUUGAUCUUUCUCGUAAUGAAUUCAGUGGAUCACUUCCUGCAAAAGCUUUUGGAAACUUCAAGGCAAUGAUCAAAUUAGAUGGUGAAGAUACAAGAGAGAUCAAGUACAUGGAACCAUAUGAGAAUUUCUCUUACACAUCGUAUGAGAAUUCAGUGAGGUUGGUAAUCAAAGGGCACGAUACUGAGCUAGAAAGAAUCAGCACAAUUAUGACAACCAUAGAUCUCUCAAGCAACCAUUUUGAAGGUGUCAUUCCGAAAACACUAAAGGAUCUCAGCUCACUUUGGCUACUCAAUUUAUCCCAUAACAAUCUCAUAGGUCAUAUUCCAAUGGAAUUGGGGCAAUUGAAUAUGCUUGAAGCAUUAGAUCUCUCCUGGAAUCGGCUCACUGGAAAGAUACCACAGGGAUUGACAAGAAUGAACUUUUUAACAGUCUUAAACCUCUCUCAAAAUCAUCUCGUUGGACCAAUUCCUCACGGUCCACAAUUCAACACAUUUGAAAAUGGUUCGUAUGGUGGCAACCUUGAUUUAUGUGGUCCUCCUCUAUCAAAGCAAUGCGGAACGAGUGAUUCAUCACAUGUUCCUCAACCAUUGGAGUCCGAAGAAGAUGAAGACGAGUCAUAUUUUUUUAGUGGAUUUACGUGGGAAUCAGUAGUCUUAGGCUACAGUUUUGGACUCGUUGCUGGAACGGUUGUGUGGAGCCUCAUUUUUAAAUAUCGUAAACCAAAAUGGUUUGUCGAAUUUUUUGAAGGCAUUUUUCCCAAGAAAAUGAGAAGGUCAAAGAAGAGAAGGCCAAGACAAAGGACAUAA